AUGGCGAUCGACUUCAGCCUGGCCUUCCGGGCCCCAGAGGUCAACCCCAUCACCCACAAGGCCCGAUCCAUUCCAUUUUUGAAUCCAAUCAACAUGUAUGGUCGCGUGUUCUUCUUCUCAUGGUUCGGCUUCUUCAUUGCCUUUUGGUCUUGGUACGCCUUUCCUCCACUGCUGCACGAUACCAUCCAGAAGGACCUUAAGUUAACCAAGGUCGACGUUGCCAACUCCAACAUCAUCGCCCUUUGCGCAACUCUACUUGUUCGACUCAUCGCAGGACCAAGUUGCGAUCAUUUCGGACCUCGCAAGACAUUCGCAGGCUGUCUCCUCAUCGGUGCUAUUCCCACGUUCCUGGCUGGAACUUGCUACAACCGCGGGCAACUCUUUGCCGUUCGAUUCUUUGUUGGUAUCCUGGGCGGCAGUUUUGUGCCUUGCCAAGUGUGGUCCACUGGAUUUUACGACAAGAACAUUGUUGGCACUGCCAACGCAUUCACCGCCGGCUUCGGUAACGCUGGAGGCGGUGUUACCUACUUCUUGAUGCCCUCCAUCUACGACUCCCUGGUGGGCCAGGGGCUGACUCCUCACACGGCAUGGCGCGUGGCCUUCGUUGUCCCUGGUAUCGUUAUCGUCUUUGUUGCGCUCUCUCUCCUGCUCUUGUGCCACGACACUCCCGUGGGCAAGUGGAACGAGCGCCAUCUUGCUGCUCAACAAAACCUCCAUAGUCACGGUGUCCAUGCUACCAUUGUAGAUGCACCAAAGGCAAGUGUGAUGGAAACGCCCCAGUCGCCAUCUAAGGGCUCGACCUCACCACCGUCUGACGUGGGCGAGAAGUGGGAAUAUAACGCCACUGGCGAGCGCAAAUUGUCCGUCUACGCCGAUCAUGAGGCGCAGAUGACAGACCAACAAAUGCUCGAUACGGCUCGAGGCGAGGUUGUUGUCAAGCCAACUCCGAAGGAGGUCAUCAGAGUUAUGUUUGCGCCGCAGACCCUGGUUACCGCAUUCUGCUACUUCAAUUCGUUUGGUGCCGAAUUAGCCAUCAACUCCAUCCUCGGAUCAUACUACCAAAAGAAUUUCAACCAGUUGGGCCAAACCACAUCCGGACAGUGGGCUGCUAUGUUUGGUCUUCUCAAUGUCGUCACUCGCCCUCUCGGUGGCAUCAUCUCUGAUCUCUUGUACAAGAGUUUCCCCAAUGUCUGGGUCAAAAAGGUGUGGAUGCACGCCUUGGGUAUCGUCACCGGCGUCUUCAUUAUUGUCAUCGGUGUCCUCGACCCUCACGAUGAAAGCACCAUGUUUGGCCUUAUCGCUGGUAUGGCUUUCUUCUUGGAAGGUGGCAACGGUGCCAACUUCUCGUUGGUCCCUCACGUAAAUCCCCAAGCCAACGGUGUGGUUUCUGGCAUGACCGGUGCUACCGGCAAUUUCGGUGGUAUCAUCUAUGCUAUUGUUUUCAGAUACAACACCACCAACUACGGCAAAUCAUUCUGGAUAAUUGGUGUCAUGACUAUUGGCAUCAACCUUGCUUUUUCCUGGAUCCGACCCGUGGCGAAGCACCAGGUUGGUGGGCGCUAA